AUGCAAAGUUUGCAAUUCAAGACAGGGUCCAAAACAAUUUUCAAAAACUUCUUACGAACAGGGAAUUGUUAUAGUCAAAUGCGAUUCUUGUUUAAAUCAUCACAUAAUUGCAGACAAUUUGGGCUGGUUCAGCGAUUUAGAUGGCAAGAAAAACAUCGAAGAAAUUUUGGCACAACGUGGGGAGAAAGUUCAGAAAGGGAUUUUGGAAAUGGAGGGAGGGGAGACGGAAAAUUAGUUAACAAUUCGAAUUCUCCUUCCACAAGUAUUUCAGAACAAAUUGAUAUGUCCCUUCUACAACGAUCUCUAUUGGGUUUUGGCUCCGCCAUAAUGUCUAUUGUUAGUCCGGAACGUGGAGAUAUGAUUGCAACAAUGGGGGAGACAACGGUACCAAAAUCUUUACUUAUUCAUAUCCGAGACAGAAUGGCCAUCGAUGUGACUGGUUCUGAACUUUUGAAGAAGCAACCAAGAAUUACUGAAAAAACAUUUUCUAGAGAAUAUUUAGCUGAAUUACCUGAUGGGACCCUUGGAAGGGAAUAUUUGAGGUUUUUAACUAAAUUACAUACAAGUCCUGAUGCUAGGCCACCCGUUCAAUUUGUUGAUGAUCUUGAACUUGUUUAUGUUAUGCAACGUUAUCGAGAAACUCACGACUUUAACCAUGUUUUACUUCAAAUGCCGACUACUAUGCUGGGAGAGGUCACUGUCAAAUAUUUUGAAGCUAUUCAAUUGGGGCUUCCAAUGUGUAUUGCUGCAGCUAUUUUUGGUGGUUUACGGCUUGGCCCAAAACAUAGAAAACAAUUAUUGGAAAGAAAUUUACCUUGGAUUUUGGAACAAGCUUUGGAGGGACGUUUUUUAUUGGCAAUUGAUUGGGAGAAUAGAUUUGAACAAAAUAUUGUCGAUUUACAAAAUGAAUUGGGAAUUUGUUCUUUAAAUUCUUUUAAAGUAAAUUAAAAUUGUUUUUUUUGUUGUUAUUUUUGUGAUAAAUAUAUUUUUGAAAGAAUUUUUUUUAGUUUUUUAUUUGCUAACGUUUUGUCGUUUAUUAUUUUGUUUGUGUUAAAUUUAUAU